CAUACACACACUCACAGAGACACUGCAGUGACAUAGCACAGGGAGACUCCCAGACACUGCAGGGGAACCACAGGAGCUGACACUCUACACCACAAGAUGCUCAAUGUAUUUAACCCCCUUCGUAAAUCUGGCAGUGACACCUGCCUCUCACCUGACAACCCCCAGCACUGGAAACGUGCAGCUAUCAGAAGAGCCCCACCGGCUGCAAUCCCUGCCUCCGCAUCGAGCCCUGCAUCCCCCUUCCCGGUGCCUGAAGUACGGGUAGAGCGCUCUUUCAGCGCCGGCCAUUUGGUGUGUGACAGCGAGGAGGAGGAGGGCACAGAUGGAGCAUCACUUGGGGUCCCCAGGUCUAUGUGGAGGACACGAAGUGAGUCCCACUUGGACACGGGUGGUGGAGACGAAACACUUGUAGCAAAGGAGAAGUCCGGCAGCGGAUGGAGCUUGCCAUCGCCAAAGACCAUGAGGAAGAAGAGGAGGGCUGCAAAGGUGACAGCGGCAAAACAAAACCUGCUGUCCUUUUUUAUGGGAUCCUUUAAGUCUCUAGCCUCGAGUGUGGAAGCAGACAUUGGCUCCACGUGUGAAACUGACAGAGGGCAGCGGUCCAAAAAGAAAGAACAAAAGCAGAAGAAAGGUCACCUGUCUCUGUUUCGACUCUGGCCAUCCCAUUCAUCUCAUAUUGGACGGCCAAGUCUAGAAGAAAUACAAAGUUGGGGACAGUCUCUUGAUAGUCUCCUCGCUCACCCAUACGGGCGCGCUGUUUUUCGAGUGUUCUUGCGGUCAGAGUUCAGUGAUGAGAACUUGGAUUUCUGGCUGGCCUGUGAAGAUUAUCGGGACACUCACCCCACCUUUAUAAUGCACAGCCGAGCACGUAAAAUUUAUCAUCACUACAUUGCAUUUCAAGCACCCAAAGAGGUAAACCUAGAUGCCAGGACUAGAGAGUUAACAGAACAUAACCUCCUACUCCCCACACGCACAACCUUUGAUGAAGCCCAGCGUAGGAUUUACGGCCUUAUGGAGCGCGAUUCAUACCCACGCUUCUUACGCUCGGAUCUCUAUCAGAGUAUGCUACAUCCACCCAAUGGAUCUUGCUGAAGGGGAUUCCAAUUUGACAAUCUAGGGGAAGAGUUGCCGAUGCCCAAGACCUGGCUAAAAGACAGAGUUUCUGAAAUAGAAAGCAUAUUUUCUGAACAGACAUUCUGACUGACUGUAUGACUGGUGUCAAGAUGGAGUCAGCCAUGCCAAAGCCUCCUGUGAGAGGCCAAUUUGAAAUGGGUAACCCUUAAAUUAUGUGCCAUUCUAGGCUAAAGUGUAAUUAUACAAAUGCUUCAAUGCUAUAGCCAGGAGGGUGAAACCGUUGUGAACACUAAAGCAUUUGCCUUUAACCUUCUGCCAUUUUGAAAUGGGGUCACUUAUGGUAACUUUGAUUUUAGAUGGUACUGGUUACAUCAGCGCUUGUUGUUUGCGCUUGUGAUAAUGUCUGCAGUUUCAAACACUAAUGGAUAUACCCGGAACCAUUCUUCGUUUUUAAACAGGUUAAUAGAUUAGUCCUCCACUACUACUCGGGAUGGACUUAGUAAUGGUUUUAUUAAGUUUCUGUUAAGAAACCCUAUUAAGUAUGUUGCGACAAUGUUUGUUGGUAAGAACAUGUGUAGAUGUCGGACAAUUUUAAACACUAAUCUCUCAUGAGCAUCCGCCAUUUUGAGCCAGAGUGAAUACUCUCGUAGACUGGAGCAUACGAGAUUGGUCAUUUUUAACUAAUUGAUAUUGCAUGACCCUCUGCUAAAAGAGAGUUAGCAGUGAGGUUCGAAAGGCUGCGGCCUGUGCUGCUGCAUGUCAUUGUAACACUGUAUUUUAAGUUUGGCACCUGUAAAUGUAUUUAAUAUAUAUAUAUAUUUUUUGUAUUUUUUUUUUUUUUAAAUCAAAACAGAGCCCACGAUUUAUUUUGAAAUAACCGUCUAUGGUGUGCUGGGAUUAUUUAUUUUGUUGGAUGCCAUCCAAUCUUUUGUAAUUAACCUUUUAUGUCACCUUCACAAAUUCAUGCACGUUUUUUUUUUUUUUUUUAACAAAAGAUGAAUUAGUCAGUCUUGCCACUUGAUGGGAGUCAGCCAUUUUAAACAAAGAUGUCAUAUGAGCCAUACACCAUUUUGAACACUACUUAUCUCUGAUGUUUGGAUGUCUCUCCUUUAUGAAGUGAUCUACGUUUUUGGAGAGUUCUGGGCUCGCUGCACCUCUCCUACCCCAAAAAUGCUCUGCCAUUUUUAACACUAUGGAUAACCUUUGAAGCCUUGCGCCAUUUUUCUUUGCACUGUUAAUGCCUUUUGCGCCUUCUCUGCUAUUUUAAAUGCCUCCAUAUUGAUGCACUGAAACCAUUUCCCUUUUCCUAAAACCAUUAUGCACGUUGCUGCCUCAUUUAGAGUGGCUACCAUUUUGAAUAAAAUGGGCCACAUUGCUGUAUAUGUUGGUCAAAAUUGUUUGUGUGAACCCAUUGGCUCUAACUUGUCUGUAGAUGUUGUACACAGUCAGUCAGUCAUUUUAAAAUCCCUUUGUCGGUAGAACCCCAAAGCUCCAUUAAUCAUUGCUUCCUAACAAAAGACUUUCAGAGUAUUUCUCUUAUGCCAUUAGUGUCCCGCCAAAAUACUGACUGCGCGGCAGCUGAUCAACGAGGUCCGGCUCAAGUCCUGCAGAGUUUUUGACAUUUAUUUGUGGCUACAAAAUCAGGAAUUUUUUGUUUUUUUUUCUUGGGUUUUUAAGUCUGAACAUUUUUUUAUGAGUAAAUCUGUAAUAAGUCUUAAGCACUGAAUAAAGAUAUGCAGUAUUGAU